UGAAACGUUUUCCACUUUGCGCCAGUUGUGAUUUCAGUCCGGAAGUAAUAACUUGUCGCUUGUUUGGUUCGGUUGUCAUAUUUGCAACUGCACACGGAACUAUUCAAAAUGAACCCAUUGGAUUUCUUUGACGAAAACCAACUUCAAGUGUUUUUCCGAUGCAAUAAGACAGAAAUGUCUUGCAUGGAUAAGCCGCAAACAUUUUUAAACCAGCUGCGGGACCACAAGCUCAUUCUUGAGGAGAAAUAUAAGAAGAUGAUCCGUAUAAAGAGCAUAGAUAAAAUGAAGACGAGUGUAUAUGAACUUCUGGACUGGAUCGAGACAGAGCGACCUCGGAAAAUCAGGUUUUUCUGGACCUGCGUCUUCAAGGAGAUCAUCACGACCCAGUACCCCACUCUGAAGCGGCUACGAGACAGCCUCCUCGACGGAUCCUUCCAGUUUUUUGAUGGAGAGGACAGCGACAAACAUACAAGGGAAGGACUCUCGGAAGAGGAGUACCCGGAGAAAGAGCGAGGGGGGAGAGGUAAACGGGGGAGUUUCUGCGACCGGGACGACCGGCAGGGGCAGUCUUCUUCUCAGGCAACUCCAAGGAAGAGGAGGAAUCUCAUGAAGCCAACCUUCGGCUCCUUCCUGUUUUCAGAUGAUGAGGACAGCGGCAAACAUGCAAGGGAAGGACUCUCGGAGGACGAGUUCCUCGAGAAUGACAGAGGGGGGAGAGGUAAACGUGGGAGUCACCGGGACGACCGGCAGGGACACUCUUCCUCUCAGGCUACUCCGAGGAAGAGGAAGAAACUCAUGAAGCCAACCUUCGGCUCCUUCCCACUUUCUGAUGAGGAGAGCAGUGGCGAACAUGCAAGGGAAGGACUCUCGGAAGACAAGUCCAUGGGAAAAGAGAGAGGGGGGAGAGAUAAACUUGGGAGUUUCUGUGACCGGGACGAGCAGCAGGGACACUCUUCUUCUCAGGCUUCUCCAAGGAAGAGGAAGCCAACCUUCGGCUCUCUGCCGAAGGGGGAAAAUGUGGAGAUCUGGACGUGGGCUCUAUACAAGCACCAUCUGCCUGUUACCUGUGGUGAAGAGGAGGGGACGCUCUACCGCGACAAACUGGCAAAAGGAGAGCCGUGCAUCCUGAGGAGCAAGAAGUGGUACACACCCUGCGCGUUUGAGAAGCUUAGCGGCAAGCUCAGCUGCAGGAACUGGAAGACGAGUAUCCGUUGCAAGGACACCACGUUAGAAAAGCUAUUGAAGGACGGACACCUGACAUGCCCGGGAUAUAAUAAGAGCAAGGCUAAGAAAUCAACGCUCCCCUGCAGCUCAAACACCGUUUCAGCUAUCUCUGAAAGCGAAGAAGAGAUGGAGGAAGAGGAGGGGGAGGAGGAGGAGCUGCAGGCCAACCCGUAUGAAGAGGAGGUCAGCAUGGAGGACGAAGUGGAACUGCAGGGGAAUGACAGCUCUACCCAGUGCUCCGAUACAGACCAAGGAGAUAAUCUGGACGAAGUGACAGACGAGAGGCCCAGGGUCGGCCAGAAUGAGUUCAGAGUGAUAUGUGGAGCUCUGAGUGGGAUGCUGCACAGGAGCCGCUUUGCCUCAGGGAGGUGUGGGAAAAGUAUUCGGACGGAGGACCGUUGGAUGAGUCCAGUGGAGUUCGUGGCGCAGGGUUCAGCAAUGCUUAACGCCCCCUGGAGGAGGGACAUCCAAUGGAAAGGACAGCCGCUCAGCAGUCUCCUUGAGAGGAAGAUGUUGCACUUACACUCUGAGCAGUGUGACUGUCCACUGUGCCAUCCAGACCCUAAAGUCCUGGAGGAACAGAAGAACGAUGAUUAUUGCUUUGUGUGUGGGAGACUGGGUGACCUGGUGAUGUGUGACCACUGUCCACGCUCCUUCCACCAAAAGUGUCACCUGCCCCAGCUGGACCCCUCUAUACUCGGGGACGACAGUAAAUGGAUGUGUACGUUCUGCAUCUGGAAUAUGAAUGAGUAUUUCUUUCGAAUGACGUACGAAGAGACCCUCAUGCAUCCUGUCUCCAACCACAUGCUGCCGUGCCACUACCUGCUCCUGUCUCUCUACAAUGCAGACAAGGAUCAAAUUUUUGCAAAAGACCCAUGCAUCCAUGUGAGGGGAUACAGCUCUCAAAUCGUGACUCCUAUGUGGCUGGACAAGAUCACAGAGCUCCUAGGCCAGCAGUACACCGUUGGACAGUUAUUGACCGAUAUCCAACUCAUUUUCUCCAACUGUGAUAAAUUUAACCAGAAUAGACCAGAGUUCCGGGACAUGGGAAUCAAACUGAAAGAGUUCUAUGAACAAGUUGUAGAAAAGGUUUUUCGCAGGCAGUAGCAGAGAAAUGCAACGUGCUGAUGGACCUUGGACAUGCUAGAAUUAAAUGCGUGGAUUUGUCACUGUGCUGCGUUUAGCACGCUGAGGAACAAGGCAGUUUAGCAAUAAGAACGGGUACUCGUCUGUGUGAAUGGCAUAACAUUCUUUACUUUAACAUAAAAUAACUUUUUAUAAUGUUCUGGUCUUUAAUGUAUAAAAUUAGGGCUGUCAAAUAUUAUCAAAUGGAAUGACACAUUAUCAUUAAUACAAAAUAUACUUAAUAAAUAAAAACUAUUUUUUUAUUUUUUAUAAGUGAUUUUGAGGGAGUUUUAUUGACUUACUCAGUGUGGGUUGAAUAUGAAACUUAUAGAACACAACAAAUUUGGGAAUUGUAAACGGGAAGUUACUUAGUACAAUUGUAAACCAACACUACUACUACUACUACAUUACUACAAGUGAAGUUCAAUUCAAAUAAGUAGCGCCACAGAUUUGGGAAUUGUAAGCAAAAAUCACAGCCAAAGUAUUAAUAUAACUAAUGGAGAUUUUCAACAUCUCAGGAUGAAGAUAUUUAGUCAACAUCAAGUUAAUAGUCUGAUAAUUUACCAGGAUAAUUGUGAGGACAUUCCAUUGGUAGGAUGGGGGUGCUAAAUGUGAUAUCAUAGAAUGAAUUGGCUUCUAGGAUACCCCUCACAGUUAUACAUUGCUUCACUCUCAAAAAGGAUGUGUUGGAAACAACAUAUUCUUAACGCAUCCAUGUGUUUAGUUAAGGACAACACAUCUUGGGCCCUAUUUUAACGGUCUGAAACGCAAGUGAGAAGCGCCAAGCGCAAGUAGCUUUGUGGGCGGUUCGAUGGCGAUGUCGAUAUUUUACCGGCGCAAAAAAUGACUGUUGCGCACGGCCCAUAUCUAAAAAGGGUUGGUCUGAAGUAGCCUAAUUACCCGUAGGUGUGGUUUGGGCGUAACUUGCAAUCAACCAAUGAGAGUGCCAUCUCCCAUCCCAUUUAAGGGCCAUGAGCGCAUUUGAAUCUGACGAGUUUAUAUUUUGACAUCGCGUCUGAAGUCUCCGAUGAGACAGAUGCACAUGAAUUUCUAACUUUAAAUGCCUCAGUUUAUGGCCAAAUAGUAUGGCCUAAUUCACACAUGGAAUAAGGUUUUCUUCCACAACUUCAGAAAUACUGAGUCCUCAAAUAAAUGUCGGCAAAGAAAACGUAUAUGAUAUAACAUGAUAUGCGUAACUGUGGUUCUAUUUAAUGAUAGACCCAAUAUAUUAUAAACAUUGUUUCUUAUCAGUGUUGUAUGCAUUAUCGUUAUCGACGUGUGUUCCUAAUAUGCAUGUGUCCCCCUUUUAAUAUACAUUGCCAAGGACUGUAUUAUGCGUUAUGUGUUUAGUUUGCGUGUGUUUAAACAGAUGGACAGAUGGUCAAAUGUGUAGUUUUUGAAACUGCUAGAGGUUAGCAGAUUUUUUUUCACACUAAGCAAUUUAUGAAGCUUUUCUCACAUCUCCAGACAAAGUGUGUCAUGCGCUGUGACAUGACAUUACAAUAAAAUUAAAAUGUUUAAAUAUUGAUUUCAAAUAUAAAUCAGGUAUGUUUUAUGUCUAAGAAUUACUCUUAAGGAACGAUCAUUACAAUUCUGCAUAUGUAUUUUUGCAAAGCUGUUUUUGGAUUCUAUUCCUUACUUGUGCCAUUUUUAUCACUUGCCCCCGUGGAAAUAUUGUGUAAAAUGAGACAAAAUAUUUGAAAAUGUUGAUUUUUUUCUUUUGAUAGUUGUAUUAUGCAAUGUUUUCAAAUGAACAUAAUCAUCAAAGCUAGUUUAAAUUUGACAUCACUUAUAGAACAAAUGAUCAGACCAUAAUGACAAACUGUCAAUCAGCCAAUAUUUAAAAUAGGAGGUAUAAAUGAUUUAAAGGGGACAUAUAAUACCACCAGGUGUGACUUUCUUGUUCCUCUGUGUUACAAGUAAUGGAAGAAAGAAGAUUAGACAGACUUUCGGUUGAAAUCAUUCGGGUUUUUUUGUGUCGCGGCUCUUUUCGGCGAAGGUCUGAUGGUUGGUUGACGUGCUUUCUUACCUUUAUCCAGAAAUGCUUUUGAACCCUCAUCUUACUAUUGGCUUUUUUCAUGCCAUCGAGCAUUGCUUUUAGCACCUUGUUUUCUCUUUCAAGCCUCUUCAUUUUUUCUGUCAACUUGGAAUGAAAAACCUUUUUGGGGGUACUUGGAAUUGGGGAAAGAGAACCAUAGUAGGAGUAAGAUGAACUGGACUAAAGGACUCAUCAUGUUCUUCGGGUGAUGGGGGAGUAAUGUCCAAAAUGGCUGCCAGAUCCAUCUUCUUCCUGUUCCUUGUCUUUGUAUUCUUCCAUUCCUCACAAAGCUCUUAUGUUUUGGGAGGCUGGUUAUGUUUCGUGGUUGGAUUUCUCCUUUAGCUUUCUUUUCUUGAUAUCUGACAGCUUUUACAUGUUUUCUACACAAGUGUUCGUCAUAGAGAAUGUUUAACCAACUUAAUUUCCCUAUUAUAAAAGUAUUUACUUUCUUUUACUCUCCCUAAGGAUCUCAUAUUUGGCUUCAUCCUACGCUAACCUGUGUUAUUGUUGUGUUAAACGCACACAAUACAGUUAAUGUGUUGAUGUUUGAACACUCUAGCUGACAACUCUUGGGAAAACAAAGGUGUUUCUCGUCCCUUCACCCUGAAUUUCCUGGUAGGAGCAUGUUUAUUUACAAUUUCACAACAUUUUCCUCAGAGAAUGUCCAAGUUAGCGCUACUUCCGGAAACAAACCUAUAUGCCCCCAAUUAACCAAGACAAAUCAUGAUGAUAAGCUUGUUUAUUAAUUGUUUUUAAAUUCCUCUUGAAAAUAAUGCGUGGUUUACAUUUGGGGAUUAUCAUUGCAGAAGACUCACAAAGAUGAGCAUUUAUGAGGAACAUUUGUUAGAAUUAGGUCAAUCAAAGUGGAUUUAAGAUUUGGCCUUGUAUGUAGGUUGACCAGCUGGCUAAGAUUAAUAGAGUCACAAAGAUUUAAAUUAAUCAGAAACUGCAUUUAGCCAGUGCCAAUUCAGAUCUCCAUCCAUUAUAAUUUAAUUGGGACAAGAGAUGCUUAAUUUGGACAAGAGGGACUUGGCUAUUUCCACCUUCAAUGCCAAAAAUUCCAUUUGCUUGCAGACUCAGACAAAACAAUUGAAGCCUCAAAUUCUGAUUUAACCUAAAUGGCUACACCACUACCUUUCUUGUGUUCAUGAACUCAUUAAAAGUCCACAAUUCUCUUAAAGUUUGUGAGGAGAUUUCAAUAAAAACAGCAAACUGCAACUUUUACAAGGAUAGAAAUGCAGGGAAAUUAAUUUAAAACAACCUAAUCCUCUCUCUCCAAACUUGGGAACGUAUAUACUUCCUCAAUUUUUCACCUAGAGACUCCAUUCCAAUUUAAAAAUGCUGAUAUUAUUAUUUAUAAAAUUCAGCUGAAAUCUUAAAUACAUUGCACUUUCGAAAAAGCUUUUUUAACUUUGCCUUUAUUUUCUAUUUUAACACUAAAAUGCCUUUUUAACUUUAUAUUUUACCCAUUUCUUUGCAUAUGUUUUCUUUUACUUAUCUAUUAUUUUAUUUUAUUUUAUAACAAUGUUUAUAUGUGAAGCACUUUGAGUCUGCCUUGUGCAUGAAAAGUGCUAUAUAAAUAAAGUUGCCUUGCCUUGCCUAUGUAGGGGGUUAGUUGCGUGUUACUCACCCCAGAUCCAGAACCAUCGUAGGUGAACAACUCUCUCUGACACGCUGCACUGGCACCUCGUCUCCAGGUGACCAACCCGCGAGAGAGACUCUCAACCCAGAGUCUCAAUUCCUGAGACUACCAGCCGCCUCAGCUGUUGCUAUUUACCGCUAAUGAGCUCCUCAACACCGCUUCCUCUGUGCGAUGUCAUUGCUGUCCCUGAUCAUAAGUACCCUAAAGUGGGCACUGCUGUCCCACUGAAAGCGCUUGGAAACAGGUUUCAAAAGUUUUCAUGUCGUUUAUUUUUCAGUCUGGUUCUUCAUAGUGUCCCUCUAAAUCAUCGUAGACAGCAUCAUCAUGAAGAUCUUGACAGGUGUGCAACACCUGCAAUACCAUUGCUAGGCGACGGUCCAAUGCGGAGAGAUGUGCUUCUGAGAGAAGGGGUUGGAUGACAGCAAGGGGGUCCCGGUCCAGCGACUCACGCAUGACAUCACUCAAACGGAAUCCCGGCCGGGACAUGAGGCGUAAACGUAGGAGAGUGGAACGUCGGAUUCUGUAAAGAGAAUAAGUGAAAAGUAGGUGUUUUUAUAAUUUGAUGUAAUCCAACUAUUUAUAUCUUUGUACGCGAAUUGGUUCUGUACGGUAAGGGUCCUUGACACCCAACCAACAGGUAAUGGGUUUUAUCUCCAAUGUACCUGUAGGCAUCCUUGGGCAAAAUUAAUACGUUGCUUUGUUUCCCAAUGCUAGGGACACACUACAGGAUGAUUAGCCCGAUUUCACCCUUCCAACUAACCAGCAAACCAGGAUUAUUUUUUGCUGGUUCUACCAAUUUUGUUUUGCUCGAUCGAUAGCUGUACUCGUAUCAUCUAGGAACGUUAUCGACAUUUGGUUUUUAAAUGAAUUGCACAAGCGGUUAUUCGAAUAAUAACCUCCGAUUUUUUAUUCACAGACAAAAGCUAGUAGGUAGGGGAGACCAGGGACAGUUGUAACAGGGGACGGUUGUAACACUGUGAAUUCCUCCAAUCAGAAACCAGCUAUGAUGACGAAACUCACUGUGCUUGUGCACAUUUAGUUUCCCUCCUUACUUGCGAAAACGGGAGUCGCAUUUGAAACCUACAGGGGGCGCUAUAAAGCAAAGUCUGUUUUUGAGGUCAAAAAAACACUUUUCUUCCCGAUGUUCUUUUUUGGAUGCUGUCCAAAGAUAAAAUGUCUACGAAUUCAAACAAGUAUUAUUAGAAUCCCUGUUUUGUAAGCUAUAAUAUA